GAAAUUUUUGCAAUUGCUGAAGCAGGAGGACUGGACAGAUCAUACUUGUUCUGCAAAGUGCUUGAAGCAGGAGGACAACUACAGCCAUGAGGCUCCUCUGUGUACUGCUGCUGGUCUGCUUGGCUGGUUGUAGUGCUUCUAGAUCAAGAGACUGGGCUCAUCAUGGUGCCCCCAUGUUUGCUGACCUCACAGUACGUGAGAUGAAAGCUGUGCGGGCCUACCUGCAUGGCAUUCCAGAGCUAGAGCUCACUGAUGCUCGUAGCAAGACUCUGAAGAAGAACAGCAUACUACUGAUGGAACUCCAUCUACCAAGGAAGCAUGAAGCCCUGAGAGCUCUGGACCGUGGACAGGCCAAACCCGAACGUCAAGCCCGUGUGAUCGUCCAGUUUGGGAACCAGAUGAAGCCCAACAUCACUGAGUACAUUGUUAGUCCUCUGCCAUCCCCAGACACCCACGAAGUCAAGAUGUUUAAGGGGAAUAAGCCUAUCCUGUUUGAGUCAAGGCCUAUUACUGCUGCAGAGUAUAAGCAUAUUACUGAUAUCCUCGCAAAGAUCACAACUAAAGUUCACAAGCUUCUGUUUGAGACCACAGGAGGGUUUUCCUUCACUAACUGCUCUGACCGCUGCCUAACUUUCUCAGACAUAGCCCCCCGUGGGUUGGGUCCAGGUGAGAGAAGAACCUGGAUCAUGUUGCAGAAAUUUGUGGAGGGUUAUUUCAUCCACCCUGUUGGGUUUGAGAUAUUGAUCAACCACCAGGACCUGGAUCCAGAAAACUGGAAUGUCGAGAAGGUCUGGUACAACAGCAUGUACUUUGACAGCGUUGAGGAACUGGUAGAAAAAUAUGAAUCAGGAGGUGUGGAGAAGAUCAAACUGCCCGAUCAUGACGACAAUGACCUCUACUCUACCUACAUCCCCCGGGGUCAGCGCAACACUCCCACUAAUAUCCAUGGCCCAAAGCUUGUGGAGCCCCAGGGGCCCCGCUAUCAAGUUGACCGCAAUUUUGUUGAAUAUGCUGGAUGGUCUUUCGCCUACCGAGUCCGCUCAUCGGCUGGACUUCAAGUCUUUGACCUCCGUUUUAAUGGAGAAAGGAUUGCCUAUGAGAUAAGCCUGCAAGAAGCUAUUGCCUUCUAUGCAGGUGAUACUCCUGCUGCCAUGCAAACAAAGUACAUUGAUGCUGGCUGGGCAAUGGGCACCUCAACCUACGAGCUGGCACCUGGUAUUGACUGUCCAGAAAUUGCCACCUUUGUUGACCUUUACCACUACUUUGACACAGACAAACCUGUGCACCACAAAAACGCACUCUGUAUUUUUGAGAUGACCACUGCUAUGCCUCUAAGAAGGCAUUUCAACUCUAACUUCCAGGGGGGAUACAACUUCUAUGGAGGGCUGGAAAGCACUGUGCUGGUGUUGCGGACAACCUCAACAGUUUACAACUAUGAUUACAUAUGGGACUUUCUUUUCUACCAGAAUGGGGUGGUUGAGGUAAAGGUCAGCGCCACGGGAUACAUCCACGCCACUUUCUUUACACCUAACGGACUUCACUAUGGUACCAAGGUGUACAACUAUGUGUUGGGUAACCUACACACACACCUUAUCCAUUAUAAAGUGGACCUGGAUAUUGCUGGUCGAGAGAACAGCUUUGAGACAAUGGAUUUGAAAUUCGUCAACUUCACAAAUCCCUGGAGCCCAGACAAUUUCAUCGUCCAGUCCAAACUCCACAGGAUGGAGCACAAGACAGAGCGAUCUGCCGCUUUCCGCUUUGGCAAAAAGUUCCCCCGCUAUGUGCACUUUAACAACCCCAGUGAGAGAAAUAAAUGGGGGCACCAGAAGAGUUACCGUAUUCAGUUUAACUCACAUGCCCACAGUGUCCUUCCAAAAGGCUGGAGAGAGGAAAAUGGUAUCAGUUGGUCAAGAUAUCCUCUUGCUGUGACUCGUCAUAAAGAUAGUGAAGCCACCAGCAGCAGCAUUUACACCCAGAAUGACCCCUGGGAACCUGUCGUGUCCUUUGAGGACUACAUCCGCAACAACGAAGACAUAGUCAACCAGGACCUGGUAGCCUGGGUGACAGUUGGCUUCCUGCAUGUGCCUCACUCAGAAGACAUCCCCAACACGGCAACACCCGGCAACGCAGUGGGCUUCUUCCUCCGACCCUUCAACUUCUUUGACGAAGACCCUUCGGUGGCAUCCAAAAGUACCGUCAUUGUCCGGCCAGGCAAGGACGGCAAGCUCAAGGUCCAGAAAUGGACGCCUGAAGUCAUAGGUCACUGUGUGACAGACAAGCCAUUCUUUUACAAUGGCACUUAUGCAGGAGUCUAGAGGUGUUUUUGGGGUUUCUUAAAAAGUAUUUUAGCACAAAUAUAAUUUUUACUCCUUUUAAGUAAAUUGCACAAUACGGAACACAGAUUAAUAGCAAUUACUAUGGUACAUAUAGUACAUGUAAUUAGAUUUAUUCUCAGUAAUGUCUAAUAAUGUUACAAUCUUCUGACAAUUCUUUGCAAUAUUUAAAUUUUGAAAAAAAAAAUCCAUGUAAAAAACAAUAAAGAAGAAGAACAUUUUAAAAAGGGAAAAGUUGAUUUUGUGUGAACUUUUUAUACUUUUCCUAGCUGGUCGUAUAUAUAACUUAAAAUCCUAAAUGUUAGAUUAUUCAGCUGCAGACCCAUUGCACUAACUAUUCCAAAUUGCAGCCUUUUGUCAUGCAUUUCUGACUAAUUCCCUCUCUCUUUCCAAUCUUUCCUUCCACAUCAAAUGAAGAAAAAGAUAGCUUUUUAACCCAAAUCACAUGCAAAAUGCAUCCUAAUGUCAAAGUUAAUGUACCACACCACAUCAAACCACACAUGUAACCUGGCAGGGGAAAAGGGAGGUGGUGUGGGGCAGAAGGGGCCCUGGGAGCUCCUGUAAUCCCCUGUUGGGUCUCCAUGGCUGAGGUUUAACAGCAGCGAGCAUCCAGGAUGCAGGAUGCUCCGUAUCCGCCCUGCUUGUGGUAAACUGCUGGCCCUCAGCGUGCUCUGCUUGCCCUCAGUGCGGGAAUGUUUUUACUGGAAAGACAACAGGCCUUACAGAGCAAACAGCCUGAUUCCGGAUCCUUCCCCGCAAACAGUCCAGGAUACCUCCUGGUUGAGCCAUUGCCCCUGGAAACCUAACUUUACAUACAAUGCGACACAAUAUACUGAAUAUCAACAGCAUAUGUAACUGCUUUGUCCUUUAUGUAUGCAUUCCUAACAUAGCAAUGUCCCUUUAUAAAUUUAAUGAAGUGCCAAAUAAACCUAACUGUUUUGAUCAUAUCGUAUGUUUUGGAUUUAAUUUUAGUUUAAAUAUUUCUUUAUCAAACAAUGAUUAAUACACAGUUCUAUGUUAGCCAGCAAAUUCAAAAUAACUGCAGAGAAGAGAGGUAGAUGGUAAAGUUGGUUUGUGUGAAGGGUAAAUAAUGAGUGUUUUUGAAGUGGAGAAAAGGAAUCUGGCCAACAACUGUCUUCAGGAUUUCACUAAUAAAAACUCUUUU